AUGCCUUGUUUGCGAGGCAUCGAGCUAUCUGUCAUCGUUCAACCAGACUCACUGCCUUUACCAGAAUUUCCUCAUCCUGACGCUUCUUCAAUUCGCGUUGUAUCUCUGGGAGAAAGGGGGCAGACAGAAGAAAAUGAGUCGAGCCCUCAUGGCUCAGACUCGGCCCGUAUCCUGAAGUUAGCCUCAAGGGCCUCUGUCUACAUACCUUCUACGCCAGGCUCUCAAUUCUGGAUACAGUACCGUAUUCAUCGCAGCCCAGAGCCUUCAUUCUACCUCUUCCUCAAACUGUUCAUGAAUGGGCGUCAUAUCACCAGCUGUGGAAUAAGUGAUGCCGCAUCAGGCACAAUCAGUAGAGCUCUCUACGAGCCAAGCGACAGAUGGCACUUGAAGCAAAAUGGAACGAUGCUGAAAAGAAGCGGAAUUGAGUCGCGCUCUUUUUGCUUCUCUCCUGGCCCUGAUGCCGCUGCUGCAGCUGAAGAUGGAGGCGUUAUCGAAGUCCAGGUUUUUCGGGCAAAGAGUCGCCGAAGGUGCACUCCCCAACUAGGUCCCCACCGUGAUCAACAACAAUAUGGUGUUAUAUCACCCUCAACAGGACUCCUUGAACAUCCUGAAGAUGCUGCUUACUAUGAGUGGAUUCUACACGAUGCUGUAGAAGCACCAUUUGCGAGAUUCUAUUUUCAUUAUCGGGCGUGGGCAUAUCUAUGGGACCUCAAUCUCGUUACAGAUGACAGCAACUCUCCACUUCACAGCUCCAGAUUGAGGGAACGGUCUGAAAGGAGCUUACCCAAGUCUUCUGACCGCGAGAGAUCGCCAUUGACAGAUGAAGUAGAAGUUUUUGGCCAAGAAUUGGACUUGAGGGGUUAUGGUGAAGAAGCAAAUGAUACUCGACUUGUUGAAUCAGAAAUGGCCCACACUCGUUCUGAUUGGCAAAACAAUGCGCCGCCGUAUGGAGAUUUCAGAUUCUCGAAGCCAAUCAAUCGCCUACCUUCUCACAGCCGAAGUCCUUCUCUUCACUCAGCAGCAUCAUUCAGGGAGAUCCCACGCUCGGGUGACCCGUUCAUCACAUGCUUGCUGCCACCGGUCAUGGAAGAAGAGGAUUCAUUUACGAGUCCCCACAGUCCUCCUGGAUAUGAAAUGCCAACGGCAUCUCCGGUUCAUUCUUACCGUCGAGAGAAUGCUCGUUCACGCGUUCGCAGGCCGCUACCAACAGUGAAUGUAAUGCCAAAACUGGAAUGA